AUGGCCGGUGCCGGGGCCAAAAAAUCAGGCCUAGGCUGGUGGGGGACCUGUGGGCUGACUGCCCUCAUGUACUGCCUGUGCUUCCCGGCACUGCAAGCUCAGGACACCGAGCCCAACCUGUCGAAGAUAUGUGGCAGGAACAAAUUAUCCCCGAAGAUCUUUGGUGGAAAGAGGGCAGGACCUGAACGGUGGCCAUGGCAGGCUGCUCUACUUCUCAGAGGCAAAUUUAUCUGUGGAGCUGCCCUCAUUGACAGCAACUGGGUGGCCUCUGCAGCCCACUGCUUCCAAAGGUCCCAGAACCCAGCUGACUACCGGAUCCUGCUAGGGUACAACCAACUGAGCAACCCCAGUAAUGUAAGCAUGCAGAUGACAGUGUACAAGGUCAUUGUCCACCCAGACUUCGACAAGCACCAUUUUUUAGGGAGUGACAUCACGUUGAUGCAGCUGCACCAGCCUGUGAAGUUCAGCUCCCACAUUCUACCUGCCUGUCUCCCAGAGAGCUCCACAAAGCCGGACUCUACAAUGACCUGCUGGAUAAGUGGCUGGGGGAUGAUAACUGAAGAAAAAUUCCUGCCACCUCCCAUGCAACUUCAGGAGGCAGAGCUCAAGCUUGUACCCAGUGAUGUCUGUGACUCCUUUUACAGACCUCCCAACCCUGCUGACUCUGGCCCCAAACCUCCUGGUGUACACGAGGACGCAUUGUGUGCUGGGGACUAUAUAAAUGAAAGGUCCAUCUGCCGAGGAGAUUCUGGGGGUCCCUUUGUCUGCCCACUGGAAGGUGUUUGGUACCUGUUUGGACUGACAAGUUGGAGCCACAUAUGUCAAUCCCCUGUUGGUCCCAGUGUCUUCACCAAUCUCAGCUACUUUGCUGGCUGGAUUAAGAAGCACAAGAAGGAGAAUCCUGCGCCCGAUCCUGGAAAGGCUCCUCCUGUAGAAAAAGCACCUGCUCUGUCCACUGAUGUAUCUAGUGAAACUGUCCUGAAGCCCAGGAUGACUGUGCUGCUGUCUGCUCAGUUCCUCCUGCUGUGGCUGAGUUUGGUCAGUGCUCAGUGA